GCGGAAGUUCCCUCCCACACGCCAAUCUCGUCAGCAGAACUCCGUGGGUUACUUUGCUAUCGAAGAUGUUGUGAUUUUUCCUCUCCUUCGUUCACCAACCAAUAUUAAAGCUGGCGGCGAUGAACGGUUGAGAGAGAGGUGGGCGACGGUUGCGGCUAGAAACCUACCUGUCUGGCCAUAAAAAAAACGCAACAUUGGUUCUACCCGAUGAUUACUCUAUGUUCUUGUCUGGUUGUUUCUGCUGCUGCUACGUUUGUCGCAAUUGUCGUCCCUGUCGUCUCUCCGUCACCACGACCGUCGUCGUCUCCAACAGCAUCAUUAUUAACAACAACAACGAGCGAAACUGGAUUCUCAGACUAGGGCCAAUGUUGAUUUCAAGCCGAUCAAAAGGAUGAAGAAGCGCCGCGAACUGGACGCCUUGGUCGGCAACGGGAAACUUCGUCGAAAAUGUCGAGGUAGUGGCCAAGAACUACUACGGCCAAACUCUGGUGGAGAUGAUGACACCGACUCCUCUGAAACCGAAUUUACUGUUCCCACGCAAAAGGCUAUCAUUAGAAAACGGAGUCGUUCGAAUGUAUGUACCACAUGCUUGACUGUCUCCGGUUUUUUAGUCUUGGUAGCUUGUCUUGUUGCCUGUGGAACUCUGCUUUGGAUGCAUUUUGCACUACGGAAAAAUUUGGACUACUUUCAGAAAAAAUUAGAAACAGUUGAAAGAAAGAACCAGUUUACACCUGAAGAAUUUCAAAGGCUUCACACACAAAUUCAAGAGUUGAACAAAACUCUCAAUAACUACAAAUCUGGCAAAAAUGGCCUCCAGGCGAUUCUUUAUAACGUCACCUUACUUACAAAGGAAAUUGCCACUCUCAAAGAAAAUUCAGCCAGUUUACAAAAAAGUCUUGACAAAGCUCCUUCUCUUGAAUCAUUGCCAACUGAAGUAGAGACUAUAUCAAAGAAUCUGAGAAGCCAAGGAAGUGACUUAGCAGCAUUCAAAACCCAAGUAGAGCAAGAGUUCCAGGUUGAUUCUGCCAGCUUUGAGAAUAUCACUGCAAGUAUGAAAGAAAUGAGAGCAGAUAUUAAACAACUUCAAAUUGAGAAGGGACAUGCUGAUAACUUUACAUAUGAUUUUACCAGAUUAACUACCCAAUUCCAAGAAGAUUUGAACUCCACAGAAGUUAAACUCAAGGACCAGAUUUUACAGCUACAAAAGCAGUUCUAUAUUUUUGAAUCCCAGCUUAACGAGACAACCACAGCUGCUAAUAAUACAACUACUACCACCACCAGCACAGACGUCACCACCUCCACUACAAAUCCUCCGACCAACAGCAUUCCUAGUAGCACAGGCUCAACAAAGGCAGCUACUAAAAAAUAGCUCAGACUCUUCUUGCUUUGAAUAUAACCCUUGUCUCUGUGAGAGAUGAUUGUUCCAUAAACCUACACCGCAGCAUCCACCAAUUGAGAAAGAUGAGUGAGAGAGAGAGAGAGAAAGGAAGAAAUAUGACAGUUUUGUUUUGUUGUUACCUUGUUAUACUGUUACUUUGUCUGUUUGUAUUAUUAACUUUGGUCACCCACAGCUUCCAGACUUAUUGUGAUAAGUGAACAGUUGUAUCAAUAUUAUCACUAACAACACCUCUACUACUACUACUACUCAAACCAUAGCUUCCAGACAUAUUGUGAUAACAGAUAUAUCAGGACUAGUGUUAACACAACCUAUAUUAUACUCUUCUAACCCACACAACCCACAUAUUCAGUUUGUAACCCGUUUCCUCCUGAGAAGGAACUUUCUAUACCAAAGUAGCAGCUGUUUCUUUUGGGCCUUUUUUAUUGUUUUUCUAAACUUUUUUUUUUUCGGAAAUACUAACUUGGACUGCAAUCCAUCUGUGCUAGAUCCCUCUUUCUAAUGUAAGUUUGUACACACACACACACACACACGCACCUACACAUACACAGUACUACUACACCCCACCCCCUCCUCCCCGACCAGUGUUCUAGUAUCUUCAGUUACACAGGAAGCUGUAUAUCACUAAACAGUGAAAUGUUUCAAAAGCACCAUUAUUUCAUGAGUGCAUCAUUUGAUUCCGGUUGGUACCAGUAAUUAGGUAUUGCUCAUCAGUUCUAAGAUAACAAAUCUAAUACUUCUUCAUUAGGUACUAAAUUGGUAUAAAACAAAAACAAAGACAAAAACAAACAAAAGAACUUGGUACUCAUUGCCAUGACCAAUAAUAUUUUGAUAUAGUACAUUGCCACUAGUACUGAUUGGUAUCAACAUUGUUAUAUCAAUGAUUACUGUGUGUCUGUUGGUAGUUGGUACUACCAGUAAUUCUUUCAAACUGAAUUUUUUUCAGAAAGAAUGGGAACAGAGAUUUAACAACAAAAAAAAA